AUGACGACUCUUGCAGCUAAGACCGUCGUUGCUACGGGCGCUUCCUCGGGCUUGGGUUUCGAGCUUGUGAAGCAACUUCUGGCCAAGCCUGAGCCAUAUAGGUUCAUUCUGGGGGCACGAGACACGGAGAGGACGAAAAAGGCCUACGAUGACCUUAAGUUUGACAGCACCACUCACAGCCUCACGGUGCUGCCACUCGAGCUGUCAAAUCUCAAGGCAGUGAGGUCAUUUGCACAGCAGACGCUUGAGAAGCUUGGACGGGAUAGAUUGGACUAUCUGCUACUGAAUGCUGGCAUGGCGAAGGGCGCCAGCGGUCCCGGGCCGCAUGGCUCGAAGUGGUGCGAGCCAUACGUCGUGAACCAUCUUUCUCAGCAUUACUUGACGCAUCUUUUCCGUGAGAAGCUAGUGGAGUCCAAGUCUCGCGUGGUCGUUGUCUCGUCAGGAGCAAUCCGACGCGUCUCUGAUCCUUCCGUUCUCGAUAAGGACCUCUUGGCCGACUCUGGGACAGGAGAUCAGUCUAUCUACUCCGAGAGCAAGUUCGUGCAGCUUCUAGGAGCCCACUGGUGGCGCCGGGCCCAGAGCAUUUCGAGGGCAUUCACACGGGACGACUUCCCUGCUGACCCUCAGCAGAUCUUCCUCACCAGCUGGGGCGAGUGGUGGGGCAAGGAUGUUUAUGAGGUUUCACUUGACGAAGCUCUUCAAGAUAAGUGGUGUCCAAACCAGGAUGAGAUCGAGCGGGAGGAAGGGAUCAAUGUAUGA